UAGUUUGGCCAUCAGUAUUUGCUACCCCACUUGCCCAUUUGUUACUGAUCAAAGACAGCUAGGUGACACUGCUCUUUCGAAGGAUGGACAAUAGCAUGGGUGUGACAGUCUCCCACAUCGGGCAGUAUGACCAGUUUCAGUAUGAGUAAUAAUCAGGCAAAUGGUCCCACCUAUGACAACAUUGGAUUCCGGCAUGAUGAAGGAAUACCCCGUCCGUACAACCCACAGCAGGGGAUAUACCCCUCCCACCCACAACAGACCCCUAACUACAUUCCCACAACCCCCAGAACCAUCAACACCCACCACACUGUAACGCCUGGAACAUCACAUAAUACAGGACAAAUGACAGGGAUAAAGAAAUGUCAUUGGAAAUAUGUCCUGUCGGCAUCUCUGGCUGGGGUUCUUAUCCUGGCAGUGGGCUGCCUCUUGCUCUGGUACUUCUUAUACUACGAGUGUUUAUUGGGGAAGUCAUGCCAACAGGGUGGGAAGUGUCUGUCAUCCUGGCAGUGGUGUGAUGGUGUCAUGGACUGUUCAGGUGGAGAGGAUGAAUCUAACUGCUUUCGCCUUCACGGGACCAACUUCAUGCUGGAGAGUUACUCACCGGACAGCCAGACGUGGAUGCCCGUGUGCGCUGAGAACUGGGACAACAACUAUGGCAGAGCUGUGUGUGAGCAGAUUGGCUACAGGAGCCAGGAUUAUGUGACCUACAGGCAAAUCGGUGCAGGUUCUUUGGCCUCUCAAGGAUACAUGAAACUGAAGCCUGGGGGUAUUCAUACGUCACCUGUACAGUCACAGCUCACUUACAGCCAACGUUGCUCAGCCUCAGCUGUCACACUUCAGUGUAUUGUAGAAUGUGGAAAGAGUUCAGAAGCCCCCAGAACUCGUAUCGUAGGUGGUGCAGACGCUGUAAAUGGAGCCUGGCCGUGGCAGGUCAGUCUCCAGAUUCAUGGUCAACACAUUUGUGGAGGCUCCAUCAUCAGCCCUUACUGGAUCCUAUCUGCUGCACACUGCUUCCAAGAUUACUCCAGGCCUGAUAUGUGGACAGUAUACUCUGGCGACGUGAGCUUGAUCAAAAUGAGCUCUGACGAAGGCAAAACUGUGAACAAAAUCAUUAACCAUGCCAAAUAUGACACAAAAACUAAUGACAAUGACAUUGCUCUGCUAAAGCUUGACACACCACUGACAUAUACAAGCACAGUGAGGCCAGUGUGUCUCCCCAACGUUGGCGUGAACCUCUCCGCCGAACGUCAAGCCUGGAUCACAGGAUGGGGGGCCUUGCGCUCAUCUGGACCAGCCCCUGACAGACUAAAUCAGGCCCAGGUGACCAUUUACAACACAGUGACCUGUAACAGUCCUCUGGUGUUAGACGGACAGGUCACUCAGACUAUGAUCUGUGCAGGCAAACUGCAGGGAGGAGUCGACACAUGUCAGGGUGACAGUGGAGGGCCCCUGGUGGUCGAGGAGGGAGGUGUAUGGUGGCUCACAGGGGACACUAGCUGGGGGAUUGGAUGUGCUUGGAGGAACAAGCCAGGAGUCUACGGCAACAUAACCUACUUUACUGACUGGAUAUAUAGACAAAUGCAGAAUGAGUGAUGGAAACGUCAACCAACAUGAAGACAAACCUCUUGCAGUAAUCAGUUACUUUAUCACACACUUUGCACUUUGAAUCUGAAGCUCCGAACAGGAAGAUCUAAAAAAACAAAAAAAACAAAAUGAGGACUGUACAAAUAAAACUGACCGAUCAUUUCAUUAUUUUUCAAUACUUGUUAUUACUACAGAUUGGAUGUUUGUAUUUAAACAAAAUCAAGCUAUUUUGUUGUAAUAAAACAAAUUUUGCACAAAGA